UCCCUACUCUGUAUACCGACUACGAACGAAAGCGGAACCAUUGUCGUCGCUUCAUGAUUUGAACGGAGUCCUUACAGUGGAACACGCUGUCAAAACGUAAAGCAACAGCAGUGAUUCAACAGAUCAGAUCCAUCUCGUGUCCCUGUUGACAAACAUUAUCACUGGUAUGGAUGGUUUGGUGAUGGAGGAGGAGGAUGAUUGCCCAGAGUUGGUGCCCAUUGACACCCCACCUGGUCCUCCUGCAGAGCAGAUACCUGUCACCAUCAUAACAGGCUACCUCGGUGCUGGAAAGACUACACUCCUGAACUAUAUCUUAACAGAACAGCACAACAAGCGGAUUGCUGUCAUACUUAAUGAAUUUGGAGAAGGCAGCGCCCUUGAGAAGUCCCUCGCAGUGAGCCAUGCAGGAGAGCUGUAUGAGGAGUGGCUGGAAUUGAGAAACGGUUGCCUCUGCUGCUCUGUCAAGGACAAUGGUCUUAAAGCCAUCGAGAACCUGAUGGAGAAGAAAGGAAAGUUUGACUACAUCCUGUUAGAAACCACAGGACUCGCUGAUCCAGGAGCUGUGGCCUCCAUGUUCUGGGUCGAUGCGGAGCUAGGCAGUGACAUCUAUUUGGAUGGCAUCGUCACUGUCAUCGACGCCAAGUAUGGACUGCAGCAAUUAAAAGAGGAAAAAGCAGAUGGACUCGUCAAUGAAGCUGCCAGGCAGAUUGCUGUCGCUGACCUGACCAUAAUCAACAAGACAGACCUUGUGAAUGAGACUGAACUCACUCAAAUCCGAGAUGCAGUCAGGUCUGUAAAUGGUCUUGUCAAGAUUCUAGAAACCCAGAAGUCAAGGGUGGAUCUCUCUGAAGUGCUGGAUCUGCAUUCCUUUGACAGUAAGGAUGGAGCAAAUCUUGCAGAGAAGCUCCAACUUGUGAAAUCUACAAGACCACAUCUUGACAAGAGUAUUUUAACUGUGACAUUUGAAGUGGCUGGAGAUCUCCCUGAGGAUGCCUUGAAUGUCUUCAUCCAGGAUCUGCUAUGGGAAAAGAUGUUCAAAAACAAAGAAGGGCAACCCAUGACUGUCAUUCGUUUAAAGGGCAUAGUAUCAUUUGCAGGUAAAGCCCACCAAGUGAUGCUGCAGGGGGUCCAUGAGUUGUAUGACCUGAAUGAGACUCCACAGCUUUGGGAGGAGAACCCGCGGAUCAACCGACUGGUCUUUAUAGGUAGGAACCUGGACAAGGACAUUCUGCAGGAACAGUUCAUAUCUUCAGUGGUGCAAGGAACAGAGGAAAAAUAGUCACAAGUUCUUCUCUCCUCUUUGCGUUGAAAACUGUUCUUUCUGGAGCAAAAGCUGUGACUUUGGCCAUCCAUAAAUCUGAGACUGUGUUUCAGACGUUCUCUCCUUUCUUACAAGAACAUGAGGUACGUCAGAGGAUGGUUAAGGUUACUGUAGUGAUCAACACAGUAGUUUCAAAUUGUGAUAACCCAUCACUACCUUCUUUAAAAGCUACAGUAAAUCAAAGAGUGUUUAUGUUGCUGUAGUGCCUCAGCUAAAUGCCGUGUGUCACCCUGGAAAUGUAUCCUGAAUACGACCUCUGAAUAGGGGUGCACACGUAAACAAAGAGCCAGAAUUUUAAUCAAUACAUUGUAUUUUUAAUAAAGAUGGCUUUGUAAAAAUCUGCAAUUCUUGAAGGUUAGGAAACCAAGUAGUAUUGGAAAGUAACACACAUACUGUAUCAAGUGCGGUACUUUGUAAAUGAAGUAACAUUGCUUAUGUUUCUGGCUUUUAACACCUUUUUUGUUUGUUUUUUAAAUUAUUCAAAAUAAAGUGUUCUUCCUGAACGUC